UUUUUAAUUUAAUUUUCAGGAGAUUGAUGCAGCUAAAGCUUCUGUAGGGCAGGUUAAUCCAACACCAAACAAUGGUUUCCCGGAACUGGUGGUGCUGCAUCAUGAAUGGGACAUUUCUCAAAAAAAGCCAAACACCUGGUUCAUGUUCCAAAAGAUGAAAUAUGUCUAUGACUGGGAGGAGAAGAAGCAGUUUCGUGCUGUCGAAUUUCCUGUUGCUAACCGAAUAAAAGAUUACCUUGAUUGGAAGGGUUACCAGCAUGAAUCAGAGACAGAAGAUGCAAAGCGCAAAUAUGGCGACAACAAACUAGAUAUGAUUGUGCCAGAGUUUGCUGAGCUGUUCAGGGAACGUGCGACGGCUCCGUUUUUCGUCUUUCAAGUGUUCUGCGUUGGGCUCUGGUGUCUGGAUGACUACUGGUACUACUCACUGUUCACGUUAUUGAUGCUUGUGGCAUUUGAAGCAACGUUGGUGCAGCAGCAGCUGCGCAACCUUAGGGAGAUUAGAAACAUGGGCAACAAACCACACUCAAUACAGGUGUACAGAAAUAGAAAAUGGAGACCAGUAAUGAGCAAUGAGCUUGUUCCCGGUGACAUCGUCUCUGUUGGUCGUUCUCAGAAUGAGAAUUUGGUUCCCUGUGAUAUGCUGUUGCUGAGAGGUCCUUGUAUUGUGGAUGAAUCCAUGCUGACGGGAGAAUCUGUUCCUCAAAUGAAGGAAGCAGUUGAAGUUCUUGACAAAGAUAAAGUGUUGGAUAUUGAAUCUGAUGGCCGGUUGCACAUUCUAUUCGGGGGAACUAUGGUAGUGCAGCAUACACCACCAGCUAAGACAGCUCCUGGCAUGAAAGCACCGGACAGUGGCUGCAUUGCUUAUGUGCUACGCACGUCCUUCAACACGUCUCAGGGUCGGCUGCUGCGCACUAUCAUGUUCGGAGUGCGUCGCGUCACGGCCAACAACUUGGAGACAUUCGCAUUCAUUCUGUUCCUGCUUGUGUUUGCAAUUGCUGCAGCCAGUUAUGUCUGGAUUGAAGGUUGCAAGGAUGAAACCCGUAAUCGCUAUAAGCUGUUUCUGGAGUGCACGCUGAUUCUGACGUCAGUGGUGCCGCCUGAGCUACCAAUUGAGCUCUCCUUGGCUGUCAACACUUCACUGCUGGCACUCACAAAGUUAGGUGUUUACUGCACGGAGCCUUUCCGCAUCCCGUUCGCUGGCAAGGUGGAGAUCUGCUGCUUCGACAAAACGGGUACACUCACCAGUGACAACCUGGUGGUGGAGGGAGUUGCCGGCAUUCCGGACAGGGAGAAGAUGUGCAGCGUGGCUGACUUACCAGCGGAGACCGUGCAGGUGCUGGCCACCUGCCAUUCUCUCGCACAGCUUGAUGAUGGGCUGGUAGGAGACCCGCUGGAGAAAGCUACCCUCACGGCUAUCGAAUGGAAUGUUAGCAAAGGUGAUUCCGUUCAUCCAAAGAAAGGGAAAUCCAUGGGUUUAAAGAUAGUCCACCGCAAUCAUUUCUCCAGUGCAAUGAAGCGCAUGUCUGUUGUUGCUGCUUGCACACAAGUGGGCACGACAGACACCUUGUACAUCUCCACAGUAAAGGGUGCACCAGAGGUUCUCCGAUCUAUGUUUACUGAGGUACCAAGCCACUACGAUGAUGUUUACUUGGAGAUGUCCCGGCAGGGGGCCAGAGUUCUUGCAUUGGGACAUAAAGUGCUGGGAAAUCUCACAUCUCAGCAGCUCAGAGAGCUGACAAGGGAGGACGUGGAGAAUCGACUCACCUUCGUCGGCUUCGUGAUCAUUUCUUGUCCUCUGAAGGGCGACUCCAAGGUUAUCAUCAAGGAGAUAAUGCAUGCGUCCCAUCACGUUGUCAUGAUCACGGGUGACAACCCAUUGACUGCAUGUCAUGUAGCAAGAGAGCUACGCUUCACCAGAAAGGAUGCCACUCUCAUUCUAACGUCUCCAAAAGAGAAGGAAGCAGAAGAACUCGGUGAAGAAGGGUUGUGGAAAUGGCUAUCUGUGGAUGAAAAAGUAGCCUUUCAAGUGGUGCCUGAUCUGGGAUAUCGGGAAUUAAUAAACAACUAUGAUCUGUGCUUAACCGGGGAGGGCCUAACAUACCUGAGCAACCAGCAUAGGAGCUUCCUUCAGCGCAUCCUUCCCUAUGUGCGUGUGUAUGCGCGUGUGGCACCGAAGCAAAAGGAAACAGUCAUCACAGCGAUGAAGGCUCUUGGCUUUAUCACACUCAUGUGUGGUGAUGGCACGAAUGACGUUGGAGCGCUGAAGCAUGCUGAAGUUGGAGUCGCACUACUCUCACACGCACCUCAGCAACGGAAGGACAAGCCAAAGACGAAAGAAGCCAGUCAGGCAGCCAUUCCCGCUGCAAGCAUGGAAAACAACACGACUAAUGACAAGCUAGUGCAGCUUGCGGCCAAGGGAAGAGUCGGCAAUAGACAGCAGCUACAUAAGGGCCGGCCACCACAGAGUAGGGCUGAAAGAAAUGCAGACAUGCAGAAGAAGCUUAAUAACAUGUUAAGGGAACUGGAGGAGCAAGAGCAGGCACAGGUAGUGAAGCUAGGUGACGCAAGUAUCGCUGCCCCAUUUACAGCUCGUCUGUCCUCCAUACAGUGUAUCUGUCACGUGAUCAAGCAAGGACGCUGCACACUAGUGACAACACUACAGAUGUUUAAGAUUCUUGCGCUGAAUGCCCUCAUUUUGGCAUACAGCCAAUCUGUACUCUAUCUGGAUGGCAUAAAGUUCUCAGACUCGCAGGCAACCAUGCAGGGCCUCCUCCUAGCAGGCUGUUUUCUCUUCAUAUCUAGGUCGAAGCCCUUGAAUACACUGUCAAGAAGUCGUCCACUGCCAAACAUAUUCAACUUGUACACAUUCCUGACAGUUCUGCUGCAGUUUGCCGUACACUUUGGUUGCCUGGCAUAUUUGGUACGGGAGGCGAAAGCACGCUCUCCUGGCAGGCCUGAAUCCAUAGAUCUUGAAGCAGAAUUCGCACCAGAUCUUCUCAACAGUACAGUCUACAUUAUCUCAAUGUUUCUUCAAGUAUCCACGUUCGCAACAAACUACAAAGGUCACCCAUUCAUGGAGAGCCUAUGGGAAAAUAAGCCUCUUCUCUACAGUCUACUGAUCUCGGGCAGUGCUGUAGUUGCUUUAGCUGCAAACAUGAUGCCUGCCUUUUCCCGCCAAUUCGAAAUUGAGGAGUUUCCGGCAGAUUUCCGGCAAAUCCUGCUGCUAGUGUUGGCCAUUGAUCUCACACUCGCCUAUGUCAUCGAUAGGACACUUCAGUGGAUAUUCGGAGAUGCAAGUUUGCGGCACGAGUAGAGGGCACUGUAAUGGAUGUUCAGAGAUGUGCAGUGUUGUGCUACUAAUGGAUGGCAUUGCAGUGGAUAUUCCGAGAUGCAAAGUUGUGCUACUGAUAGAUAUGGCAAUGCCGUGGAUAUUCCGAGAUGCAAAGUUGUGCUGCGAAUAGAGGGUGCUGCAGGGCUGCGACUUUCGUCCUCUGAAGUUACGCAUGGAAUAAAAGAAAUGAAGUGGUUAUUCUGGAAUGCGAAGCUGCAACUGGUGUCCAUGGUGCUGCAGUGGACAUCCCAGAAUGUGAUGCUGAAAGACCCUAACAGUAACAGUGGAUAUUCAAGGAGACACGAAAGUGCUACAGUAGUAGAGGGCACUGCAAUCAGUGUUCCAAUGGACACUAUAGGCUGCUAGACCAGAAGAGGGUUUCUUUUAGAGAAUAUUUAUAGAUGUAAAGCAAUGAUAGACGUAGUGGGCACGGCAAGGUGACCUCGCACACACGAUAAACGGCCGGUCGGGAGACGAUUGAUGGCAGUAGGUGUUCGUUACAGUCAGGCAGUGUUCAUCACAGACAGGGGAAGUUUGAUGGCAGUAUACGCUAGGUGAUCAUUACAGUCAGGAGGUGAUCAAUGACAGGAGCUGUUGAUUAUCACAUUGAAGAUUGAUGAAGGGUUUGUUAUUCACUGCUGUACUUGAGGAGAACAUUAAAACAAUGUUUUAGAGCCUCCGCGGCAUAGGUAGAUGAGCGUGUCUUCACUCUGCUCACUACAUCUUUGUGCCAGGCAUCAGGAAUGGAUUGAAUGUGAUGCACGAUGACUUGAAACUACUAGACGAAAGUUUACCGUGGAUCAGUAAUUCGGUGUGUGUUCACUGGAAAAGCUCAUGUCAUCGUGACGCUAGGCCAAUUAAAGCAUAGCCUUUGUUAGACAGCUACUACCACCAGGCAGUUCGUGUGGGCUUUCAGCGAUGCUUUGUAUCUACUGUAUAAUAAGCUUUGUCCAAAUGGAUAACUAUUGGACUUUUAACUAUCAGAUAGUUAAAAGUCCAAUAGUUGUCAAAUGAUUGUACUUAUGUUAGAUGUGUAUUCAUAGAUAAUCUAUAAAUACACGUGACAUCUGACAUAAGUACAAUCAUAAAUCCAUCCCUUUGUCCAAUUUCUCCUCACAAAUCUUUCCCUUUUCUUCGGAGACCACCUCAACGGCUACACCUCUGUCUGUCUCGGACCUAACAAGUAUACCUAUUUCCAAAGCAACCUCUCGCUGCAUCAUAUAACAACACGUUCGAUUCUCCUCUCGCUAAAUAAGUCCCCCCCCCCCAAUAACUUCAUCGUCUUUAGCCUUCCUAACAAGUCACACUUUCGCCUUUUCCUCAGAAACCUGUUUCCAUUAAGUUAUUUGCUGCAUAAUGGCAUUAACUGUCACAGUAAGUUUCAGGUACUACAUUUAAAGGCAGAUCUAUAUAUCUAAAUGAGUAAUAUCUGCAAACUCGGAUAUAUGAAUAUAUAGCACAGAAUGACGAUGCCAAAUGUAACGUUGAAUUAGAAUUCGAUGUAGAAAUAAUGAAGAAGAAAUCCAAACUUGUGUUUUAAACUGCAUAAACUUUCAUAUCUGCUCACGUCACAUCUCCUUGCACACAGAGACAAAAUAACGCUCGCACACAGUGUGUCCAUCUUGCACAAAGAGACGAAAGAAACGAGCACACGCGCGUAAGCGCGUGUGCUUACUUUUGCGAUCACAACCAGACUCCCCUCCACUCCUACCUCUCUCUCCCCAAAACCCCGCCAUGUCUACACUCGAUCUGCACCCCUAUUUCACAAUGACUCAAGAAUCUGCCUAACGUAAAACACGCUUAUCCAAUUCCCUGUAACAUCAAUGCGGCCACACAAAAUGCGCGACGCUGUGUCUAGAUAGACUACUAAAACAAGCCCUAGUCUAACUCCACUGACUACUCUAUGUAAACAUCUGUAAAACAUAUGUUACAGUAUAUAUAUUAUUUUCUCAUUCAUUCUUUAUAUUUUGCAGUUUUAUACUGUCAGUUCAUCACUGCCUGGCUGGUUGACAUACAGACCCGAUAUUAAACAAUUGGCAUAAAUAUUGGUAUUAUUAAAAAACACAAUUUUUAAUUGUGGCAUUUAGAUAUCUUGUAUAGGUGAAAUUAUUUCUAACGUGCGGCUGUUUAAGUGGCAUAAUUUGAUUUCGUCAUCUCUGUCAUAUUGUGUGAAUGGUAUUUACAGCGUCUUGUCCUACACUGUCAUGGCCGUGUAAGGCAGAAUUGAACGUAUUCGUUGGAUCUUGAUCGCACACAUAAUGAGGUGUAUUCUAAAAAAAAAAUUAUCCAUAAUGCGGGAGGUUGUGGGAUGGAUGGUGAAACUGAAUUCCUGAAUUUUUAUUUUCUGUGGUUAAAUGUUUGGUUUCCCAGUCGAGCUAGCAUAGCUAGUGCAUUACCAACUCAUUAUAAAAUACGCAUGCUCGCGCGCACGCACACGAACGAACGCACACACGCACUCGCGCAAAAAAACACGUAGGCCGGGCGGCCCAGGCCUACACACAAAAACGUAGACACUUACAUUCGCACGCACGUGAUCAGUUGUAUCUCGUACACGUGUGAUGAUCAGUUAUAUCUCGUACACGUUUUGCAGAUAUAAUGAACGCUAGUUAUGAUAAUCGUUGGUCCACCAGAUAAAGUACUCUAACUCAGUCUUUGCAAAAAGACAAACUUUGUGUCCGCAUCUAUAAUCUAUAUGAAUAGCGGCAUAACUGGCUCGUCGGCAAAUGCAUUUUGUUAGCUUCGACCAUAACAUACAACUUGGUGAAUAAUCGGAAUACCAUAUUCCUCAUUUCAAAUUUGAUAUGAAAUGGUGGUUAGACAUCACAGCCGGCCUCGUCAGAUUAUUAUGCAAAAACUAUUCUAAUAUUACGUCUUAUCGGAAAUACGUAAAACAUUGUUAUAUAUUCCACGGGAAAGCCUAUGCUCCGAGAACGGUCGCUUAAUUACAGCUGCAAGUGGCAGACGUGGUGUGUGUGCACCCCCGCCCGGCCGGGUUGCUAAUGCUGAUUCGGGUGAAGAUUUCUAAUGGUGAAUGUCUAUGUGUGGUAGGAGCGAAUUAGGUUAUCAAGCAAAAGUCAGUGAGUGGGAGAGACUGUGGUGAUAAUUAUGAUGGUGUGGUGAUCUUUUAACUACGAAAUGAGUGUGUGUCAUGUCGUUACUGCUACGUUGUAAAUAAAUGAUUCGAACUGUUAACACGA